CGGGAAUGGGGGCGGGACCCGAGGCGCCGCCGUCCCGGUAGGAACACGCGGGGAGCGGCCGGAGCCCUCGUAGUGCCUGUGCCCGGCAGCCUCGGAGAGCCCGGCCCGGCCUGGGGCAGCCGCAGCAGCCGGGGGGGUGCGCUGGAAAGGCGAGUGUUUGGCACCGAAAAUAGUGUCUGCACAGCAAACGAGACACAUCAGAGGAUUACAGAUGGAAAAGGCAAAGCCGAGAAAAGCCUUCUAAGUAUUACAGAAUAAGGAAAUAUGGCUUGAAUGGAGUUUCCUGUGCUGUGUAAAUGCUGUGAAGUUUUGUAAUGGCAGAAGCUAGGUCUUCACGAAUCAAAAGAUCCCAAAUAAGUUUGUCACUCAGUAAAAGUAAGAAGAAAAAAGGAACGCCAUCUAUGCCUUCAGCGUCCUCCUCUAUUACUUCCUUUUUUAACAAUGUUCCCCCUGCCAAAAUUAGCUGUCCCAUGUGUGGGCAAUUGGUGCCAAGGUAUGGAAUAAAUGAGCACAUGGAUGAAACAUGUAAGAGAAACCGUGGUGAGAUUGGUGCCAUUGGUGCUACGCUGGACCCUCUGAAGAAUAAGAGCCCCCCAGCUGCAAAUGUAACCAAUAAUUCCAGCUCAUACUUUUCAAAAAACAUCUUAAAUCUAGAAACAAGUCCCUCCAAAAGCAAUUCAUUGAAAGCAGAAGGUAGUGCAGCACAACAGAUUAGUCCUUAUUUUAGCAAUAAUAGCUCAGUCAUUAGUGUUAACAAUGAAUCACAGGCCCAAACAGUCAAAAUAGUCUCUUUGGGAAGCUUGUCAUCGAAACUGUCCAGAAGAUGUUGUGCCCAGGGAGGAAAACAGGUCGUGUAUAAAGAGAUUGACUCUUCACCUCCUGCUGUUCACAGUCUGUGUAGAAAUGCUGCAGCACAGGAGGAUGACAAUGAUAUUUAUGGUGGGCAUAGUUCUCAGAAAGAAAAUCAGCUUGCGCAGAGAGAGCACCAGGAACAAAAUUUUUCAAAGAGGAAACCUGAAUUUCAAAAAGAAAGAAACCAAUGUAAUCGAGAAGACCUUGUGGAUGUAGUUCAGGUAUCUUUACCAGCUGAUAACAAUGACAAAGGAUUCCCAAGUGGUACAAGGAGCACCAAACCAGAAAGCAGGUCUGAAGGUGUGACACUUAGUCCUGAUAAAUUUGAAACACCUCUAGCCAUUUAUACUUCACCAGAGCUGGCCAGUAAUUUGGAAGUCAAGACUCAGCCUCACACCUGGGUUAUUCCUUCUUCAAAGACAGAAGUGAACUGUGAUACACAAAAUUGCUGUAGCGAGGGUGAUGCACAGAUACUUCCUGUGGAAGUUCUUGAAGACUUUAAGGAUGAGAUGAAUUAUACUAUGUUAGAAACUGUGGGAAAAGAAGAAUUUCAGAAUUCCACUGGGGACGUUUUAGACAAAAUAGAUAAGGUUCACUCUGUACCCAGCUCUCCUGGUCACCCAUACUACCUCCAGAAUUUUUUGCUAGUGCUUCAAGCAGUCUUAGAGAAUGAAGAUGACAUCAGACUGUUUGAUGAGCAAGAUAUGAACAUUAUAACCAAGUUCUACAAAUUAUCAGUUGGUGGGCAGAAGUUAUAUGUGAGACUUUUUCAACGCAAGCUGAACUGGUUAAAGGUGAACAAAAUAGAGUAUGGAGAGAUAAGUGUGGAUUUGUCACCAAUGAUUAAAGAACUGGCUGAAGCCAGAUUUCUGCAAACAGAAUCCGAACUGGAAGACCUGUGUGAAGGUUUGGAUUUGCUUUCAGCCCCUGAACUAAAAGCGCUGGCAAAGAUCUUUCACUUGCCAAACCCAAAUGGUCAGAAACAGCAACUUGUGGAUGAUUUUCUGAGGUUGGCAAAACAGCGUUCAGUCUUCAGCAGGAGUCAGGCUGGUGUUGGGACAGUGAUCUUAAAAAGGGUGAAGGACCUGGCUGGAAAAUGUGUGAGGGUGUGUAAAGGCCCUCGGGCCGUGUUCUCCCGGGUCCUGCUGCUGUUCUCGCUGCCGGAGGCAGUGGAGGAGGAGGAGGCCGGGAGUGCUGGGCAGGGCCAGCUCUGCACGGUGCUCCUGGCCAGCAUGGGCAGGGCCGUGUUCCCCACCUACACCGUGAGCAGGAGCACCCAGGUCUUCCAGGACAGAGACGAUCUCAUCAGGUAUGCAACUGCUGCUCAUCUGUCAUAUGAUAUAGCCACCGCAAUGGUAAAUGGGCACUGGGAAGAAGCUCAUAAUCUCUAUUUGUAUGCUAAACAAACCUGGAGCGAACUGAAAAAUCACCCCUCUUUAAGCUAUCACAGAGUUUUACCGGAGUAUCUGCGACGUUUCACAGUGGGCUGGGUGUAUACAAGAAUCCUUUCUCACGGUGUUGAAAUUUUGCAGAGGCUUCACAUGUAUAAGGAGGCCGUGCAGGAGCUGCAGACCCUCCUGGCUCAGGAUGUGUACUGUGCUGACAGCAGAGGGAGAUGGUGGGACCGGCUGGCUCUCAAUCUACAUCAGCACCUGAAAAACACUACGAAGGCCGUGGGCUGCAUUAGGAAGGGGCUGGCAGACCCCUGUGUCCGCACUGGGCACCGUCUGUCCCUCUACCUGCGGGCCCUGCGCAUCAGAGACUCGCCGAGCUGCAGGCGGGUCAGGGGCCUGCUCCAGGACCUGCCUGUCAUCACUGUGCAGGAUGUGCCACAUGUUACAAUCAAUGGAAAGAUGUGUCCUCAGACGGGAAUGGGAAAAUCCGUAUUUCUCAUGGAGGAUGUUGGUGAUGAAGAAGGAGGCGAAGGCUGUAGUGUAUCCACAGUCAUGUGCUCAGUUGAGGAGCUGGCAUUAACUCAUUACAGGAGGAAUGGUUUUGAUCAGGGUAUUCAUGGGGAAGGCUCAACAUUUCUUACGCUGUAUGGGAUUCUAAUGUGGGAUAUCAUUUUCAUGGAUGACAUACCCGAUGUUUUCAGAAAUUCCUAUCAGACAUCCCCCCUGGAUUUGUACACUGACAGCUUCUAUGAGAGCAGGAGGGAUGUCAUCGAGGCCAGACUGCAGCAGCUGCACUCAGCCUCCCCAGAGACUCUGGCAAAGCUGAUUGCUGAUGUCUGGACCACUCAGGAGGGAAAAGCAGCAGCACUAGUGAGCUGGGGACGUUUUAUUUCCCUCCAGCAAGCCCAGCCUCUCUUGCAGAGCCUUGUCUCCUGCCUUGGAGGAAUGUUCCUGAGCGGUGUUUUCAGGCGACUGUCCAAAGACCUGCGCCACUGCCGGGGAGGUCUGCCUGACCUGGUCGUGUGGAGCACACACACCCAGCACUUCAAGCUGGUGGAGGUGAAGGGCCCCAAGGACCGGCUGUCGCCCAAGCAGAUGCUGUGGCUGAGCGAGCUGCAGCGCCUGGGAGCGGCCGUGGAGGUGUGUCACGUGCAGGCCGUGGGGGGCAGGAGCCAACGCCUCAGCUGACACACAGCACAAAGCAUACUACGGUGCACUUUGAGAAGACUGAUUUACUGCACGUCACUUUGGGUUCAGAAGAGCAGAGCCCUUCUCUUCCAUCCACAGUUCAUAACUUAUUCUAUGAAAGGUAAUCCAGGGGGUUUGCCCAGUGAAGAGAAACAGCUGCCAUCACACUUGUACCUCCUGAGAACAUCCUGUUCAAUAUAAAAUCUGGGGCAUCAAGUCCUGGUCAUUUCUGUGUUGCCUGUGUAGCUCAAAUUCAUCAUAGUGUGCAAGUUUCCUUGCAAGGCAAGCACAGCACCUUUACAGGAGUGUCAGGUUCUCUCCUUGCCCCCACUUAGUACUAUGUGUUUGAAUUUUGCACUUGAAUGUAAAAAAAUACAGGUGCUCAGUGAUGGCAGAGAGCAAGGCAUAAAACUUCAAUGCUGUUUUAAUGCACUGCUCUGCAUGAAAGGACAAUUUAUUUAACAGGCCCUUCUGCUGUGAAUAUCUGUAUUACCUGUGUAAAGGGAAAUGUUUCUGGUAGACGGGAGUUGGUCAGUGCCAACGUGACCACACUCAUUUGCAGUGUGUCACUCAUUACAGUCAGUUUUACCCCACAUUAAUUGACGUGUUUGCUCACUCAGAAAUAUGUCAGUCACUUGGAAUAUAAUUUAAAAGAUUAUUUCCCUUUUAGGACACCAGAAUCCUGCAGGUUUCUCUCAAUUUUAACACCAGCCGACAUCUUUUCUCUGGAGUCUUCAUUCUCAUACUGCUUUUAGAAAUUCUGCUUACCAUGCAAACAGCAGACACUGUAAUAGAAUAUAGCAAGGAAUAAAGAUAAUUUGCACAUUAUUUUUAUUAAUCAUCUUUCUUCAGCACAGUGUCCCUGCUUUUCUUGGAAAAAACAAACACCCCCCCCCAUUUUAUUGUUAGAGGAAGUGAAAGAAAAAUGCCUGAAGUUCACUGUGGAAAGGUAUGAACUUUUAUUGACUCUAAUUUACUUCACAUUCACAACUCAGCAUCAGGAUUUUAUCAUCUUCCUGCCACUGCUAUUUUACUCAGUAAAUCAUUAUCAGGCACAAAGGUUUUAGUUUCAGUUGAAAUGGUGAACUCUAAACCAUCACAGCAACAGCAUUAGAAACCUACUGCCUACAGCAAUUUGAGGUACUGAUUUCUGUCUCUUUGUUAGAGGCAAAUUUAAGAUUUCAUCCUUUGCUUAAAUAUAUGUUAGAAUUUUUUUGGUUUUAAUGUUUUUCCCUCUGAGAGUAACCAAAACAUUUGCCCAACUUGCUACAUUUUCAUAAGAAUACAAGGCAGUUAUAUCAGUGGCUGCAGGCCUGGGCAGACCCCCCCCCUGCAUUUCUGGAAGGAAAGCCACGUCUCUGAUCCAGCAGUGAAGGGAGGGCGAAGGUACCACCGCAGUCAGCUCCACCUCGCAGGAACUGAGGGUCACUAAAGCCCCUCAGCUUCUGAGCUCCCUGCAGGGGUUACAGGGUGGUACAAAGCCAUGGCACAGCCAGGAACAGCUGGAAUAACCCAGCUUUUCUACCAACAGACAAAAAAAGAUGAGCUUCUUGGUAGCUUUUCUAUUCUUGCAACACCAAAAUGGCAAACAGAAAUUACAAUUUGAAAAUGUGUACGUAUAUAUAUACACACACAUAUAUAUAUACACACUUGCAUGUCAGUAUUCUGUACAUAGACAUUAAAGAUACCUACUCAAACCCCAAAAUUGCUUUUGAAAGUUAUUAGAGCAGUCCCUGCUGACUUGAUAAGGCAACUGUGCAGUGGAGGAUAUUUCAAAAUUAACAUCUAGUACCUGUCUUCCAAAAGUAAAUUAAAAAGUGUUGUGUAACUUAAGAGGAAGAUGCAAUACCCACAGGCACACGCUCACUCACACAGACACAGCAGUUGCUCAGGUUCCUUGGAAGGCAAGGCCAUGGACACCAGAAGCAGAACAUUGUCCACAUGUCCAGGGAAAGGUGGAUCCCUUCCCCUCCUCUCUGCAGGAGGUGCCCCCUCUCAGCCUCUGCUUACCUGACUCCCCUUUUUGAAUGGUAUAAAAUGUCUUUUUAAAUCUGUUUGGCAAAUACAUAUUUCAACAGGUUUUGUUUAUUUUAAAGGCAUAUUAUUUUUAGCCCCCUCCCAUGCUAUAUAUAUAAAAUACAAAGACCCUCUGCAGCAUCUGUACACAUCUUAGAACUGAAAUGUAAAAAUGUCUGUAAUUUCCUUAUAAAAGACAAUUCUGUUUAAAUAUAGUACCCAUUUUUUCCCCCAAAGGGUACUAGCCUUAACUUUUUUUUUUAAUUCCACCAGCUGCUUUUGUGGGGUAUUUAUUUACACAUUUUUGGUACCUUUAAACCAAAGAAGUUAUACUUUUAAAGACAAAAAAAUAUAUAUAGUCAACUGUCAUUUUAAAAGAAAAAAAAUUGGUACCAAAAGACACUAAGCACACAGGUUGAGGUCUGUUAUGUCAAGUAUCAGGCCAGGGAAAGCAGUAAGCUAAUGGGAAAAAGGAAAUCACAAAAGCAAACUAAAACAAAUGUUUGAAUAAUGAACUGACCCAGUGAGAUGACUGCUCCAGCAAGCUUGGAAAUAAACUCAACUGGUUUGUGGACCAUGUAACAUGUUCAGCCCAUCUUGCAGCAGAAUUAGGCAAUUGAGGUGAAUACACGUUUUUUCCUCACAAACAGUUGACCAGAAGGAUCUGGCUUUGUCUGCCAACAGCCUUGUGCCCACAUGCAGACACGGCUGUGUGUGCACACAGAGCUUUCACAAACACGGGGUUGGGAGUUCCCAAAGGAGCCCACCCCACACAGCUCACCCUCGCCAUGGCCCUGCCCAUCCCUCUGCAGCCCCAGCCCUGGAGCGCAGGAACAGCUUGGGACACUCGGUGCUGUGUGUGCUGGGCUCUUCCAGCACAAAGCACCUGCAAGGCCACUCCAGAUGCAAGUUCUCUGAAACAAAUCCUUGAGCGACCUCAGACAUCCCACCUGUGCUCUGUGACUCAGGCUGUGCUGAAGACCAGUUCAGUCGGACAAACAAAAAAAGGUCUCCAAAUCCUGUCCCUCUCCACCUUUUUUAAGCUCUACUAUACUGUGUAUUACCAUCAUGCAGCUUUCUUCUUUCCCCACAAAAACUGAGAACAGCUUUUAGUCCAUCAGGUAAGGCCUUUGGUGCUUUCACUUGCGAGCAGGGGCUCAGUGCGAGUUCAACAGCAUUUGUGUUUUACACAGACAUGGUUUACUGUGAAAUACAGCCUCGCUGGGAAGGCAGAUGACAGAAGCCUCAACCUCUGACAAUGACCAUCACUAUUCCUCCACCCUCCCAAUAUUCUUUACACUCCUGCCUUUCUCCCUGGGAAACUUGAGUCCUUUUCUGGCACAGCAUCCAGGGAGAGGUAUCAUUUAAAAGGUUUUAGCACAGCAAGUAGGAUGGUGCAUUAAGCAGAGGGAGGCUGUUGGAUUUAAAUCCCUCAAGCAGUGCUUGUCCACUGCACUGCCCGUGUGGCUGUGCACAAAUGCAAAAAGAAGGCACCGCUUCCUGCUCUUCCAGCCCCUGCCCACAGUGACUGCAGCACCACCACCCCUCGUGGGGCUCCCAACACCGACUGAGCCCUCCUUUCUGGAGCCCAGCUUGGCUCAGGGGGGAGUUCUGCUGAAAGCUACUUUAUCCUACAAAAAAACGAGAUGGUUGGCAGGGAUGAGAAUCUGGGCAGGGAUAUAAUGCUGAGGAUUUGAGAUGCCUAUAUAAAAAAGUGAGAAUCUCAUCUGGACGCCUGUUGUUUCCAGAAAUUGAGAGGGGGAGGCAGGAGAUGGAACAAGAACUUGCCACAACAAUCUAUUGUGAAAAGUUGGGGGCUGUCAGCUGCAUUAAUCUUGCUACUGUGUCCUCCCAAUUAAAGGCACUUCUAAAGCUACUACAAUACCAUAUCUACAGUAAAAUGUUUUAAGGUUAACAGUGCAUUGUCCUGACCUGGAUUUCUACAGUCUGAAGUCAAGCUCAUGACAAAGAGCACAAAUCCGACUAAUUGUUCAUGAACACAUUUUGUGGAGAAAAAGAAAAAGGAACAACCCCUUUAAUAGAUACACACUGCAUUAGCAGAUGUGUAGGGUGAUAAGUCACAGAACAUUAGUGUGUUGUAUCUAUGCAUGAAAGUAUUCUUCCUGAAGAGGCUGUCUGACAAAACAGUAUGUUCCCAGAUUUCAGCUGACAUUUCAUGUCCACUGCACUGCUUUGGCUUUCCAAGCUGUUUUAUCAAAGGGUCAUGUCAGUCA